AUGACAGAGCUGAAGGAAUUCAGCGGCAAGGAUCGAGAUGAAGAUCGAGCCAGAAGCUGGAUCAGCAAAGUCAAGUCGGCAUUCCUGCGCGAUCAGGCGCCAGAUGAAGAAAAAUGUCUGGUAUUUGGCGAUCUGUUGACGGGACCUGCUCGUAACUGGUACAAUCAACUAAGCCGAUCUACACGACACAAGUGGAAGCGAUUGCUAGAUUGUUUUAUGAUACAAUAUGGAGGGCAAGGUGUGUCAGUGGCCAGACAGUAUUAUCUCGCAAGGAAGCGAUCGGAUGAAACCCCGUUGGAGUACCUACAUCGUCUUAAUGUCGCGGCCAAGCUUGCCAAGAUAGCGAUUAAAGAAGAAAGACUGGCUACGGCAGCCACGCGUCGCGAACAUGUGGAACAUUUCAUCGCUACGCUGGACGACCGUGAUUUGGCGAAACAGCUGACUUUGCUGAGAUUGAGGGAUAUUGAUGAGAUGGAAGACACUCUCCGUGCAUGCCAACGAAUGGAGAAUCGUCAGAUAAAAUCGACGAUGGGAUCAAACAAAUUCCACCAGCGAGCGAUCGCACCUACUAACCCAAUGGCGUCCAAGACGACUCGGGUGAUGCGAUCGAUACGCGAAAAAGUCGAAAGCAGCGGAUCGGAAUCGGAGUCGAUCGGAUCCGAAGAGGAAGUGGAUCGUCGUCGCGUUUGUGUGACAACUACACCCGACCCAGAAAAACCAAACAAGGAUCAUCGCACCUGGCAGAAAAACACUGGCGAAGGAGAGGGACGCGAUCAAAGUGGACGAUCGAAGGAGUGCACCCAUUGUGGAUCUACCAGACACGAUGAUCAAGGGUGUUGGAAGCGAUUGACGUGCCAGAAGUGUGGGCGCAAGGGACACCCUUCUGACAAAUGUUUCUUUGUGUGUGCAGCCUGCGGGGAGAUACACGAGAGUGGCAAGUGCCCCAUGGAAGAAUUCUUCAAUUUGAUCCGAAAGUGGUACGUGCCUACGAAGCAUGCUGGGAUGUUUCCACCCAAGGUGGAGGAGAUGUUAAACUAG